AUGCCCCAGCUCGGGGGCGGCGGCGGGGGCGGCGGCGGGGGCGGCGGCGGGGGCGGCGAGGACCUGGGCGCCAACGACGAGCUCAUCGCCUUCCAGGACGAGGGCGGAGAGGAGCCGGAGCCCAGCGGCGGGGCCGCCUCCUCCCGCACCGACCUCGACGAGGUCAAGUCCUCGCUGGUCAACGAGUCCGAGAACCGCGGCCGCCUCCAGCGGGACGGGGGAGAAAGAGGAGCGGGAGGAGGGCGGCGUGGAGGAGGAGCGGCGGCGGCGGCGGCGGCAGGACCAGACGGCCCCGACUCCGACUCCGACUCCGAGGCGGAGCGUGUCCCGCAGCAGCGGCCCCGGGACCCCUUCCAGAAGCCCCGGGACUAUCAGCUCAGCGAAGCCAGGCGGCCGCAGGACGGAGGACCACCCGGAGGCGGCGGCGGCGGCGGCUUCUUCAAGGGCCCCCCGUACCCGGGCUACCCGUUCCUCAUGAUCCCGGACCUCGGCAGCCCCUACCUGCCCAGCGGAGCCCUGUCCCCCGGGGGGGCGAGGACGUACCUCCAGAUGAAGUGGCCUCUCCUCGACGUCCCAUCCAGCGCCACGGUGAAGGACACGAGGUCGCCAUCUCCAGCCCACUUGUCCAACAAGUUGCCGGUGGUACAGCACCCUCACCAUAUGCACCCGCUGACGCCCCUCAUCACCUACAGCAACGACCACUUCACCCCCGGCUCUCCCCCCUCCCACCUCUCCCCUGAGAUCGAUCCAAAGACAGGAAUUCCUCGGCCACCUCAUCCGUCCGAGCUUUCACCGUAUUAUCCGCUGUCUCCCGGAGCUGUUAGUCAAAUCCCUCAUCCAUUGGGCUGGCUCGUUCCGCAGCAGGGACAACCGAUGUACUCCAUCCCUCCCGGAGGCUUCCGACACCCGUACCCCGCCCUCGCCAUGAACGCUUCUAUGUCCAGUUUGGUUUCAAGUCGGUUCUCCCCUCACAUGGUGGCACCUCCUCACCACGGCCUACACACGUCCGGGAUCCCCCACCCAGCCAUCGUCUCCCCCAUCGUCAAACAGGAGCCCGCACCCCAGACCAUGAGCUCAGCCGUGAGCGCGAAAUCCCCCGUGACCGUAAAGAAGGAGGAAGAGAAGAAGCCCCACGUGAAGAAGCCUCUCAAUGCGUUCAUGUUAUACAUGAAGGAGAUGAGGGCCAAGGUGGUUGCUGAGUGCACGCUGAAGGAGAGCGCAGCUAUCAACCAAAUCCUGGGCAGAAGGUGGCACUCUCUUUCGCGGGAAGAGCAAGCCAAGUACUACGAGCUGGCCCGGAAGGAGAGGCAGCUUCACUCUCAGCUCUACCCCACCUGGUCGGCGCGGGAUAACUACGGGAAGAAGAAGAAGAGAAAGAGAGAAAAGCAGCCACAACCACAGCAGCAAGUCCAGGAGGCAGAGAGCCCUCUGACGGCCAAGAGCAAAAAGGCGUGCCUGCAGUACCUACCGCCCGAGAAGCCCUGCGACAGCCCCGCCUCUUCCCACGGCAGCAUGCUGGACUCGCCCGCCACCCCCUCGGCCGCCCUGGCCUCGCCCGCCGCCCCCGCGCCCACCCACUCGGAGCAAGCGCAGCCCCUCUCCCUGACCACCAAGCCCGAGGCCCGGGCCCAGCUGGCCCUCCACUCUGCCGCCUUCCUGUCAGCCAAGGCUGCGGCCGCCGCCUCCUCCUCCUCCUCUUCCUCCUCCUCCUCCUCCUCUAGCCAGAUGAGCAGCCAACCCCCCCUCCUCUCCAGACCCCUCCCGCUCAAUUCCAUGCCCACCGCUCUAUUGACUUCUCCCCCGUCCUUUCAGGCCGCCCUCCACGCCCACCAGGCUCUCCCCGUACUACAGGCCCAACCUCUGUCCUUGGUUACCAAAUCCGCCCACUAAGCCCGCACCCACCCGCCUCUCCCUGCCGUAAAGUGGCUCCAUCCAAUAGCGAUUCAGAAAAAUGAAACUUUAUUGGUCAAUAUUUGACCUCUCUGGACUGUUCCGUCAAGCGCCGACAACGGCGCUUGACGUUUGUAGAUGUUCCCGGUAGCUGAUCUCAAGAGCUUUUUUUUUUUAAAAAAAAAAAAAGGAAAAAAAGAAAAAGAGCCGUCGGUUAGUCGGUCCUGUCUGUGCUGUGGUGGUGACUCGUGCAGAAGACGCCUGUCUUUCUCUCUUUUUCGGUCUCCCGUUCCCGCCCUCCCGCUCCACGAUCCGAGCUCUCGUAAGCCUCGACUUCCUUUACGUGGUCUCCCGUCCCUCAUCUCUGAUCACGAGGCGAUUUUCUUUUUUUCCCUCUUCAGUUCUCAGCAUUCCCGGUGCCUCCUUCUCUCCCCCUCUGCCCUCUGCCCUAUACACAACUGUUCAUCUUCCAGAAAAACCCAAACCUUUACCUCCUCGACCCCCACCGGCGACAUUUCGUCCCCGACGGAUCCCUCCUCUUCCCCACCCUCGACAGGGCCCAUCCCUCCCGCCGGCUUUUGGGUGGGGCCCCGACCUCCGGAGAGAGUCCAGUCCUCAGCCACAUCUCCUGCAGAAGAGUCCGGAUUCCUUUGCCCCGAGUUGCUGGUCCAGACCCUCAUCCUAACCUCCCCUCCCACCCCCGCCCCCCAACGAUGGAGGCAGAUCCUAGGACACGAUGGGAGUCUAGCACCCGGCCCCUCACGGCCGGGUUCGUGCCUGCACAGUCUGCCGUAAUGCCAAACCCACUCCCUUCACGUGCUUAUUUUGUGUGUAUUUCUGUUUUGUUUAAUGUCUUCGAGGGGAAUUUUAACUCCAGUUGUCUCUUUUCACAAAAGAAAAUAAAACUGCAGCUGCAAAGG